UUCAAACCCCACACAAUGGAGACAGGCUCAGUGGUACGAGCAGUCUUUGAUUUCUGUCCCAGCGUUUCUGAGGAGCUGCCCCUCUUCGUGGGAGAUGUCAUUGAGGUGCUGGCUGUAGUGGAUGAGUUCUGGCUUUUUGGCAAGAAGGAAGGUGUCACAGGACAGUUUCCUAGCAGCUUUGUGGAAUCUGUGGAUAUUCCUCCUUUGAAGCAGGGAGAAAAAUUGUUUGUUUGUACCAGUGACUUCACAUCUCAAGAACCAGGAAGCUUGUCAUUGCAGAGAGGAGACCUGGUGAUCCUGGGGGGGUCCCUGGCCUCCAGCUGGCUCCAGGGCCGAAGCAGCUGGGGUUCCAAGGGCUUUUUCCCCUCAUCAUGUGUGCGGGAGCUGUGCCUUUCAGCUCGGAGCCGUCAGCUGUCCCAGAGUGCUCUCCUGGAGGUACCUGCCUACUCACUGGGCCAGGCCAGGGCCCUGAUGGACCUAUCUGCUCAGCUGGAGGAGGAACUGGACUUCAGGGAAGGAGAUGUGAUCAACAUCAUUGGUGUCCCAGAGCCUGGCUGGUUCGAAGGUGAGCUCAGAGGCCGCAGGGGCAUCUUUCCAGAGGGUUUCGUGGAAUUGCUUACUCCUCUGCAAGCAUCAGAAACCUCAGUGGAUUCAGAGCCCACAGGGACUUGGGACACCAAUGGGACAGUGAAGAUGCCCUCCAACGAGGGGGAGGAGCCAGGGAGCACUUAUGGUAUUGCCCUUUAUCAGUUCCAAGCCCUGGAGUCCAAGGAACUGGAUUUUGAUGUGGGUGACAGAAUUCGGAUCAUAGGCAUUCUGGAGGAUGGAUGGCUGGAGGGAGAGCUGAGAGGGAAACGUGGCAUCUUUCCACACAGAUUUGUGAGGCUGGAAGCCUCUGAGGCUUGCAAGGAAAAGACAGGUGCUGGGGAUCCCCAAGGUGGGAGCAACCAUGGAGUGACCAUCCAUCAGGACCUGAAAAGCACCUGCUCCGAAGCUCUUCCUUUUAUAGGGAAAGACAGCAAGGAAACGAAGGAUGGCUCAGCUGGAGACCCUGAGCCUGACACCAUAUCGUCUCACAAGGCAGGGAGGUCAGAGGGUCCUCUUGGCACUGACUUGAGUCAUCAUCAGACCUUUCCCAGCACAGGCCAUCAAGGGUCACAUCCCAAAGGCACAGUGGACUCCCUCCCCUCUGACCACACAGAGACAGUCAAUGGUCUUUUCCACUCAGCUCAGCUGCCUAUCCAGCAGGGCAACAGUCCUGACCAAGCAGCUGAAUUAAAGCUUGGUGGGACUAUUUCAGCCUCUCCAGGAAACUCAGAAACUCAUGAGCAUGAUGGAGACAGUGCCACUGUGCCCCUACAGGCUCCCCACUCCCCCCCACAUCCUUGCAGGAGCCAGGCAAUUUCUCCUCCUAACACUUGGGCAGCAUCCAAGCCCCAGGAGAGCCAGAGCAGCACCCAGGACCUUGACAGUUGGGUGGACAGUCAACAGGAGAAGUCCAAAUCUUGUUCCUCCAGCCUGGGAGGUGCCCAAGUGGGCCUAGAUACGUGGUCUGGGAGCUGGGGGGAAUGUUGCCCACACGCACCACAGGGGGAAGGCUGCACAGACCUUGACUCCAAACUGACAGAGCAGCUGGCAGAGUUUGAGAAGAGUCUGUCAAGCACAGGCGCCGAGCAGGACAAGAUCUCCCGCCACUUCUCUAUCCUGGACUACAGCUCUGAGAAGGACAUUGUCCGUGGGUCUCCUGAGUGUACGCCCCACACCAAGCAGCCAGAGAGGAGAAAGGCCCUGAGGCCACCCCCUCCUCGGCCCAGCAGCCUUGUGACAACCCCUCUGCACACGCUGGGUGGUCGGGUGCCCAAAGGCAGGUCUCUGUCCUUCUCAGUCAAGCCCUCCCGGCCCGCGCCUCGGCCUCCAUCAAGCAACCAGCGGAAAAAUGUGGCCCCUGCCCAGCUUCAGCCCAGCACCCAGGAGCAGCGGGUGGAGGAGGGACAUGAGGACUUGACACAGGCAGGAUCAGCUUCCCCCUGUUCCAUCCUGCUGACAAGGAUUGGAGAGGUGGAGCGAGACCUGGAGGCUUACAGCAAGACUCGCGCUGAGCUAAGCCUGAUGCUGGAGGAGCAGCAGGAUGAGCUGGUGAAAGCAGAGACCCUGGAAAACCUUGAUUUCUGUGACUCCAACAUCGAGAGCCUCAGUGUGGAGCUGCAGGAGCUGAGAGAGAUGACUCUCCUGUCCUCCCAGAUACCAUCCCUGGAGACUUCCUCAGCUGCCACUGAGAGCCCAGAGCAAAGGAUGCUGGAGAAGAGGUCCAAGAUUAUUGAGGAACUGCUCCAGACAGAGCGGGAUUAUAUCAGAGACCUGGAGAUGUGUGUGGAGAGGAUCAUGGUGCCACUGCAGCAGGCACAGAUGCAGAACGUAGACUUUGAGGCUCUUUUUGGAAACAUCCACAUGGUAAUUAGCUUCUCCAAGCAGCUGCUGUCCACUUUGGAGGCGUCAGAUGCCAUUGGGCCAGUGUUCCUGGCACAGCGUGCAGAGCUGGAGAGUGUCUACAGGGUGUAUUGCCAGAACCAUGACGAGGCCAUCGCAUUGCUGGAAGCCUAUGAGAAGGAUGAGAAGAUGCAGAAACUACUUCUGGAGCUGCUGGAUAGUCUCAGGAGCCUGUACAGUGAGUGGGGCUGCACAAACUACAUUAACCUGGGCUCCUUCCUCAUCAAGCCAGUGCAGAGGGUGAUGCGGUACCCGCUGCUGCUGAUGGAGCUGCUGAGCGCCACUCCCGAGGCUCACCCUGACAAGGCACCGCUCACCGCUGCUGUCCUCGCAGUUAAAGAAAUCAAUGUCAACAUCAACGAAUACAAGCGCCGGAAGGACCUGGUGUUAAAGUACCGGAAAGGGGAUGAGGAUAGCCUCAUGGAGAAGAUCUCCAAGCUCAACUUCCACUCUAUCAUCAAGAAAUCCAAUCGUGUGAGCAGUCAUCUCAAGCACCUCACAGGCUUUGCGCCCCAGCUGAAGGAUGAAGCCUUUGAAGAGACAGAGAAAAAUUUCCGGAUGCAGGAGCGGCUAAUAAAGUCCUUCAUCCGGGACCUUUCUCUCUACCUGCAGCAUGUCCGGGAGUCAGCUUGCAUGAAGGCGCUGGCAGCAGGGAGCAUGUGGGACCUGUGCACAGAGAAGGGCAGUGGGGACUUGGACCAGUUCCAGAAAGUGAAUCGGCUCAUCAGCGACCAGCUCUUCUCCAACUUUAAAGAGCGGACGGAGCGGCUGGUGAGCUCGCCCCUGAACCAGCUGCUCAGCAUGUUUGCAGGGCCCCACAAGCUGGUGCAGAAGCGCUUUGACAAGCUCCUUGACUUCCACAACUGCACAGAGCGAGCGGAGAAGCUGAAGGACAAGCGGACACUGGAAGAGCUCCAGUCAGCCCGCAACAACUACGAGGCCCUCAAUGCACAGCUACUGGACGAGCUGCCCAAGUUUCUGCGCUUCGCCAAGGAGCUGUUUGCCAGCUGCUUGCGGGGCUAUGCUGAGGCACACUGUGACUUUGUGCGACUGGCCCUGGAGGAGCUGAGACCUCUCUUGUCGUUGCUGAAGGUGUCCAGCAGGGAGGGGAACCUCAUUGCCAUCUUCCAGGAUGAGCACAGUCGAGUCCUGCAGCAGCUCCAGGCCUUCACCUUCUUCCCAGAGUCCCAGGGAGCUCCCAAGAAGUCCUUUGAAAGGAAGAGUGUGGAGCGUCAGUCUGCCCGGCGGCAGCCCCUUCUUGGCUUGCCUACCUACCUCCUGCAAUCAGAUGAGGUCCGAGCUGCCCUCCUGGUCCGCUAUCCCCCAGACAGUCUCUUCCAGGCAGACCGCAAUUUCAAUGCUGCCCAAGACCUGGAUGUUUCCCUGCUGGAAGGAGACAUUGUGGGUGUCAUCAAAAAGAAAGACCCCAUGGGCAGCCAGAAUCGCUGGCUCAUAGACAAUGGGGUAACCAAGGGCUUUGUGUACAGCUCCUUUCUGAAGCCCUACAACCAACGCCACAGCCAGUCAGAUGUCUCUGUGGGCAGCCACUCUUCCAACGAGUCAGAGCACAGCAGCUCCUCUCCCCAGAGCAACACCGCACUGACCUUCAGCCCCAGUGUGGGGACUGUCACCUUCACUCAGAAACCCCUGCAGGACUCUGCCUCCCUGGAACACCCGUACCAGGCUUCACAAGCCCCUUCAGAGACAGACUCCUCCUCUGUGCUCCAGCUUGGCUCUGGUGACAGGACAGCCUCGCUGGAGGCUGGUACAGCGACAUCUCAGCAUCGCUACAGUCGCCCCAAGCUGGGCUGCAGUGGGCACCCCACCAAAGCACAUCUCAGGCCUGCACCCUCAGUGGAGGAUAGAGACUCUGGGCUGGAGAGCAGCGAGUCUGAGGGUAACCAGAUAUACUAUGCUCUCUACACCUUCAAAGGCCGAAACACCAAUGAGCUGAGUGUGUCAGCUAACCAAAGACUCAGGAUCCUGCAGUUUGAGGACAUCACAGGCAACCGGGAGUGGUGGCUGGCCGAGGCACAUGGGAAACAGGGCUAUGUGCCCUCCAGUUACAUCCGGAAGACAGAGUACACGUGA